AUGGCACUUGGUUCUAGCGUCCUGUCGGCAAUAGCCUUCGUCACCAUCGACAUCUUCGUGCUCCUUCUUAUCCGCUUCUUUCUACCCCUCCGAACCACCCCUCAGUACCUUCUUGUUCCAGUGUUUCUAGCCUUAAUUAUCCCGUGUUCGAUAGUCGUCCUUGUGCCCAUCGAUCUUGCCAGUAAUAGUGGUCUAGAUGGCGGUAGUGGCAAUAGAGGAGUGGUUCUUGCACAUAGGGUGCUACUUGUGGCCUGGAGAAUAGCUUACUGGCUCAGCUUUGUAUUAACUUGGGCCAUUCUUCCCCUUCUUCAAUCAUACCAUGCAUCCGGGCACCGGGACCCGCGAAAGCGCUUCUCAGAAGCCCUACGAGAGAACAUCCGUUAUCAAAUAAUUAUGCUUACGAUUGGUACCAUUGGCCUAAUCUAUUUUAUCGCGACCAAUGGCUUCAAUCCUGAAUCUAUCAAGUCACUUGUUAUCGCACUAUCCUAUUGCUAUGCGCUUAGUUUCGCUGUUUUCCUUAUGGGCCAUGGGCUUGUCGCCAUACCACGGAAUCUCUGGCGCGAUGCUUCGGUCGCUGCUCGGCUUCGAAGACUCCAUACCAAGGCCCCUAAAAUACAUGACAACCUUGUAAGCGCGACUGAGAAGCUCGAAGAACUUGAACGAGAAGUCCUGGCUAUUCGUAAGAAAGCUGCGGCGCCCUAUACUGCGCCAGAAUUCCGCGAAUGGAUUGAAGAACUCGUCGACAAUCUUCAGCUUCCCGAAUCCAACUCCGCUUCUCCAUCUACGGUUCGCCCAGAUCGGUCCCGGUCCCGGUCUCCAAUUCCUGCAGUAAUCUCGGAACAAUACCUCGCUUCCCUCACCCGUAAACUACGAUUUGCAUCCAACCGUCGUGCUCGUUAUGCCGCUGAAUGGGAUUCUCUUGUCCGUUCUGCAGCGAAUACCCAGGCUGUCCUCGAUUCAGCUGCUUCCAAACGUCUGACUUUUCGACCUGAUCCCCACAGCAUUACUCCUCGCCUUCUUCAAUCGUUACCUAUGGUGUCGCCUUAUGGACGAUACCUUCUACACACCUAUGUCAUUCCUCAGAUUCGGCGUUUCCUCUCUAUCUUCCUCUCCGUGGCAUCGGCAUUUAUUGUCUGGUCUGAAAUCAUUAACAUUCAGCCGGCAUUGAGUGAUAAACUGUCAAUUGUUGGAUACAGCAUCAUCCAUCACCCAAACUCACCAAAAGGAAGCAUUGGUUUUGCCGGACAGUGUAUAUCCGCGGCAUGGAUUAUGUAUAUGUGCAUAUCAGCCUAUAGUACAAUGCGAACGGUGAAAGUAUGGGGUGGAUAUGCUCUAGUCCGACGGAGAACCAGCGGCAGCUCGGCCUGUUUUUAUGCCAGUUACGCUUGCAGAUUGACUGUUCCACUUAGUUACAAUUUUACGAAUUUCUUGCCCAGUGCGAUCGUGAAGGAGAGCGUGUUUUAUGAUUUCUUUGGACGAUCGAUUAAUUUGACGAGGAUUGGACAAGGGUUUUCGGAAUGGUUUCCCAUUUUGGUUUUGAUUCCAGUGGGAUUUACGUUGUUUGGAUUUUAUGGGAAGGUUAAGGGAUGGUUUGGAUUUGGCGGUGGUGUGUUAGAGGAGGAUGAAGAAGAUGAGCUCGCUUUGGGCGGUGGAUGGAGAUACGGGAGAGAUUUGAUCGAGAGAGAGAUCGGUGAUAUUCCAGGAGCUCCUGCCGGAGGUACUGGUGCGGGACCAGCGGAGAGGUGGAGGAGCAGAAAUGUUUCGGGGGCAGGUGGGGACAGCAACAGUGGACUACUCGGCGUGGAGAGAGAGGAUACUCAUCUAUCGUCGAGAUACCUGUCGCCAUCUAGACUCCUUACUGGCAGUCCGCGACCUAGCUCACCGCAACAAAACGCUUCAUCUUCAACGUUGCCUACAAGGACGCCCUAUAGACCACCUAAUCGAAGAAUUGACGAUGAAGAUGAAGAAGAGGAAGAAGAAGAAUCAGCGAUCGGAGCGUUUUUCCAUCGGGUCAAGAACACGAUAGAUACAGCGACCGAUACCGGUGAGGGUGGUCGACCUAAAUGGAUGAACGAUAUCGGAGAUGCCUUCACGAAGAAGCCUAAGUGGAUGGGGGGCGACUCCAGCGGCAGUGCUGGUGGUAGUAGUGGGUUGAAUAGAGGGCAGUCUUCGAGGCCGAAAUGGAUGACUGGAAAUUUCUUCAGUGAUGAUAGCGAUUAA